UGGUAGGUGGCGAAGGCGUACGACCACGCGGAGAACGAGUACGUCGCGAUAAAGAUCAUCAAGAACAAGAAGCCGUUCCUCGAGCAGGCCAAGAUAGAGGUGCAGCUGCUGGAGCUGAUGAACAAGCACGACGUAGACUGCAAGUACUACAUAGUGAAACUGAAGCGGCACUUCAUCUUCCGCAACCACCUGUGUCUCGUCUUCGAGCUGCUCUCCUACAACCUGUACGACCUGCUGCGCAACACAAACUUCCGCGGCGUCUCGCUCAACCUGACGCGCAAGUUUGCGCAGCAGCUCUGCACGGCGCUGCUCUUCCUCGCGACGCCGGAGCACGUCAUCCACUGCGACCUGAAGCCGGAGAACAUCCUGCUGUGCAACCCCAAGCGCAGCGCCAUCAAGAUCGUAGACUUCGGCAGCUCUUGCCAGCUGGGCAACCGGCGCAGCGCCAUCAAGAUCGUUGACUUCGGCAGCUCUUGCCAGCUGGGCAACCGG